CAAGUGUACACCAAGUGUGCUGGUUUUAUCCAUGCAGUUGAGAAGAGACGUUUUAGCGCUGAAUACAUGAAUACAGUUUAAGUGUUGAUUAUGAGUUUAAAAAAUAACAAAUUAGAUAUACUGGGGGAACUACAGAAAAGAAAUUUAAUUAACAUUUUAGGCAAUAUACUUGAUCAACUAUCCCCGCACUGUCUUAGAUUACUUCAGUUCACUUGCUCUUUAUACAGAGAGAUAGUGAAGGAUGACCCGCGAAGUGUGCGCCGACUGGAGCUAUCUCGAAGAUGGCUGUACGGUCAACCUACUGUGCUACCUAUCUGUCAGAGACCGGGGUAUAUGGUGACUGCUCUAGCAGCUCAUCCUGGAGAUUCAAUCAUCUUCGGCCUACUGGGUGACAAUGCUACUGUAAACAUGUACAAGAAAGAUACUCUGAAAUUGACCGCUAGAUUAGAACAGUCCCGUGAAUUCCCUGCCUCUAUUCCCGCCCUGGUGUACAACGACCAGGUUGUUGUUACAUGUGUCUACGAGUCCCUGGUCCAGGGGGGACUCAACCACGUUCUCUACAUAUGGAGAAGAGAGGAUAAUUCAUUAGCUUCGACAUUCUCCCCUCACUCUCAACUCAUACGAACUGUUAAAUUAGCAAACAAUUUUAUUUUGACUGCCAGCAACGAUGGUACUAUAGUAGUGACUGAUUUGACCAACCCUUCCCAACCCACUCUUAAACACACAUUGACCGGACACAAGGAUUAUGUGAGUGGACUUGACAAUGAUGCCUCCCGUGUAGUUUCGGUAUCAGUGGAUAACAUCAUGAAGGUAACUUCUGUAUCAGUGGAUAACAUCAUGAAGGUUUGGAGUAUACCAAGCUUCAAGUGUGUUUUCUCUGUGAAUACUGAAACACCAACUUUAAAGGUUUCGAUGAGCUGGCCCCUAGCUGUGACCGGAGGAAAGACGACCUUGGUGCUCUGGAAUUUAGAGUUGCAGUUCAAGAUUAGAGAACUCAACAUGGAGUCCUUAGGCAGUCUCAGUGUUGUUUGUAUGACCUACUCAGCUGAUGCUGGUACCAGUAUUGGAUCCAGGUACAAGAAAACUUCAAGCAGCUCUUCCUGCCAGCAGCAGCACGCUGGUCAACAGACCAAGAGGAGAAAUCCGGGAAAUGUUUAUAUUGUAUCAGGCGAUAAUCAUGGUAAAAUCUCUAUCUGGGAUACCAGUAGAAUAAUUGCUGGGCACAGUGGAGUUGACCCUCAUAGACAAUUCCAGAUUGGACCGACGGCAAGCAUGAUAUCGUCCUUGGCUGUUGACGAAUACAGUAUUAUAACUGGAGACUGGGCAGGUCAGGUUCUGGUCUGGAAAUUUGUCUAAUAGCCAGUACCUUUGUAAAUGUACGCUUAGCUUUGUAAACAAUAGUGUACGCCUAUAAAUAGUACAUUUGCAAACAAUAGUGUACGCCUAUAAAUAGUACAUUUGCAAACAAUAAUGUACGCCUACAAAUAGUACAUUUGUAAACAAUGAUGUACGCCUACAAAUAGUGCAUUUGUAAACAAUAAUGUACGCCUACAAAUUGUACUUCUGUAAGUCUCAAUUCCUGCAAGUUGUACGCCAUCAAGUUUAAUGCUGGCCAAGUUUAAUUUUGUAUGUUGUACUAAUUAAACACGUCUAAAAGUUUAUUUUGUUUUGCGUACUAAAAUCUAUGCAGAUUAUAGACACAAGUAAUCAAAAUUUGUUUAAUCUUGACAUUAAUCUUUUUGACUAAAAAUUAAAAUUCCAAAAAUUAUUGUACGCUUUCUUUUACUGGACAAAAACUAAGAGAGUUUUUUAUCAAAGAAUCUAUUUGAAUUUGUAUCUUAUUCAAUCUAUUGUAUUUGUAAAUUUUGUCCUUAAUUCUGUUAUACAAUUUUAUAAUAUACAAAUAUAUAUGACACAUAUUUA